AUGGAGCUCGAUGAAGAUGGAGGGCUAGAGGCCAUAGAGAAGGAGGAACAGCUGCGACGGAGGCAGGUGGCGCGUGGGAGGUGGGGCAUCCUGCGCAACGCUCUGUUGAAUCGGGCAAGAAGGAAUGAGGGAGGCGACGGCGAACCUGGCGGUGCAACGUCGAAGCGGACCUUCCCAGGAUUCGAUCUCUUCACCAAAGCCGUAGUUCGCGAAGAGGAGCUGAACCACGUUGAAGACGAAUCGAAGCAAGAUUUCACAUUCGUUCGCUACACGGCGCGAUUUCCAACCAAGACCGCCGAAGAUGACAAGGCAGGCGCCGACCUGCCGUGCAGUGUGGUGGUACGGCAUCCGAAUGAGCGAGUAGCGCUGGGCAAGGCCGAUCUUGCAGGCUUCGACAACACGGGCAACAUCUGUGUGUGGCCAUCAGAGGAAGUGCUGGCAUACUACUGCCUCCAGAACCCUGAGCAGCUCAGGUUGGGUCUCGUGGCAGCGACCCACCUCUCCUGUGCCUCUGUUCUCAUCACGGACGGCAACGACAAGGCCACGCAGAAUCUUGCUUGCAGCGUGAAACACAACGCCGUUCGGUCGGAGAGCCGAGGGUUCGUGCGCGGCGAGAAGCUGUUGUGGGAUCGUCGCUUGUUCCUGCACGAGUACCACGACGAUCUGCUUCACAUCCUGCGUGAGCUUCUGCGUCCCGGCGGGGAGGCGCUCAUCAUCGCGCCGAGAAGGGGCCGCACGCUGGCGGCAUUCGUCGAGCGGGCCAAGCAAGAUACUGUAGUGGUUGACGAGGAGUAUGAUCGCCUCGUGUGGUCACGCCAUCAAGAGCUACUGUCGCACGGCAUCAGUGGUGGCGGUUCGGCGGAAAGCGAUCAAACGGCAACAGCUGCUACCUACCAGCCGGACAUCCACUACCCCUGGCUUCUUCGCCUGAUCCACCCUUGA